CGGCCAAUAAUCUAGUUCUUUGCUUGGUUCCCAACCUUUUCAAAUUUGUCAGUUUUACUUUUGCUUUCAGUGCAAACGUUUCCUGUUCCUAGACACAUAUUGAUACUUGCUGGAAUGGCACAACAGAGUAACAAACCUAAAAUUACUUUCAAAGUGAAGCAUUUUGAUGAAUAUCACGAUAUAGUUAUUGAUUGGAAUGAGGAUAGAAAUCGUUAUAACUACCAGCAAGUAUUUGAUCAGUUGGAAUCGAUAACUGGAGUACCAAGUAGAUACACGAGUUCUUUUUCUGUCCCAAGACCCGACGAAGUUAACCGGCCCUAUACCAUUGCAUGCCACUUCUACAACCUGAAAGCAUACAGCUCUGGUUUGCUGCCAAAUUUGGGCCCUCGUUUUCGCUACAGUAAUAUCGAAAGCCCAUUAAUUGUUGAUGGCGAGCGUUAUCACCUCGAAUACUAUGCUAACUAUUCUCAUAGAGUUUCCAAACGUAUAAGUAUGGGGUAUGCUCUAGUAAAAGAAAGAUACGUUACUGACGAAGCCUUCAGUCGAGAUUUCUGUCAACAUCAAUGCACUGAAAGUCACUUUGCAAGGUUAAAAGAUCUCGUUAGCAAUAAUGAAAUGAGUGCGAAAAUUGCGCCGCUUGUCCAGCCUUUAAUGGAAAGAAAUUUGUAUCGAGGAGCGGAAAAUAUUUUCAGAGAGUUCAAUUUUGAACAAUAUUUGCGUGUAACUUGUGUUGAGGAGCGCAGUGAAGAAAUUGAAGAGAAUGGUAAUGAUGAUCUUUAUAUAAGAACCCGAGGUUAAUUAUCUGUAUUCAACUUAAUGUAAUUUUUCUUAGUAAUCUCAUCUUUCCAUUAUUUUUGUAUUGAUAAAUUUGCAAGUUUUCAUUUCCUUGUAUCAAUUUGUAAUCAUAAUUUCAAUAAAAUUUUAAACAUU